CCUAUUGCUUGUAGUGGAGCGCUUCUCUCUCUCUCUCUCUCUGCGUUCCUCAAUCUCUGCUACCGCGAGGGCGAUCGGCCGUCCUGGGUUCUCGACGGAAUGCAGUAAGUCAAUCUCCUCACUGGUGGCGUAUCUCGUGACUACGGCGGCGCGCAGGGGCGGUGUUUGUGAUAAGUCCUCCCUUGUUCUGGCCUGUAUCAAGCGGGCGGGCGAAGCUCCUUCUUUCGUUGCUUUGAGGCCGCUCGAUGUGUGUGAUUAGUCAUUUGGAGUUCUUGGCUGGAUUGGGUGGUCGAGGCUCCUCAUUUCGUCGUUUCGAGGCCUCUCUGAGUGUUUGCGAUAAGUCCUUCCGUGUCCUUGGCUGGGCCGGGCGCGCGAGGCUACUCAUUUCUUUGUCUCGAGGCGCGCAGGAGGCUCGGGACGAGGGACUUCCCUUCUAUUUUCGGAGACAGCGGAGUUCAGGUUCGGAUUCCUCAUCGGCGGCGGGGAUGGCGUUGGCAACUCCGUGCAGAAUCUGUUGGCUUGCCUCUACCGGACUCAGCUCGGUAGCUGUUCUUGCUUCAUCGGCACUACGUGGAGCAAAGUGAUCGAGGGGCCAACGGUUGAGCACAGGGAUUGAGGGUUGUGACGGCCAGUGCCUCUGCAAAGUGGACAUCAAACCGUGGGCUUUAUCCACGAAGAAAUGAUCUAAGAGGUGAGAGCAGCAAAGUGGACAUCUUCUGGGAUUUGUCUGCUGCCAAGUUUGGGAUGGGAACUCAGCCGUUGGAAGGUUACUAUGUCACUGUCUUCUUUGAUCUUCAGAUGGUCCUCCUGCUCGUCGAUCUGGCCAAGGAGGCCCACAAUAAAACUACAGCGUGACCCUCUGUAUUCAAAUGUGGUUUUGGUGGCCAUGAGGGAACCUAUAUAUGGGAAGACGGUCCGACAAUGGACAAAUUCAUCAUGUUGCAAUUGGGUCAAGCUAUUUGUGUGGGAAUUCCAUGGAAACCAGGCAAUCCUGGUUGACAUCCUUCCCCAUAGAGGGUUUCAGACAAUUCCAAUUUCAAGGCGUUGGCUUUUCAUUGAUGUUACAUGCUUCAAUAAACAAGAGGAUGGAAAUGGACUUCCACCUGAGCCUAAAGCAGACUGAGGGUUGUUUACUCUCCUUUUCUGCUCAACCUGCAUUCAACCACCACCAAUGAGCCAAUAAUAUACCCACCUUCACUUCUCCUGCAGAUGGGGUGGC